AUGGAGGCGGAAAUAAAAAAUGUGAGUGUGGUGGCUUUCGAGGGCAACCGUAGUGCCCUGUGGCCAGUUGGAAUCAAUCCACCCUUUGAGCCAAAGACACGUUUCGAGGUCCUGCGGUGGGAUUACUUCACAGAUGAUCAGGUGUACUCCUGCAUUGAUGGUUCUCCGAAAUGCGAGCUCCGUGGAAUCGAUAAGCUGGACGUAGCUGACGUCAUUGAGACAGCAUUGGGAGAGCUGAACAAGAAGUACAAGCCCGUUCUGCACCUGAAGAAGCAGCAGCUCAUUAACGGAUACCGACGCUUCGACCCCACCAGAGGGAUGGAGUACACCCUGGACCUCCAGCUGGAGGUGCUUAACCAGAAAGGACACAGUCGCUCCAUCACCAAGAGGGUCCACCUGGUGAGGCCUCUCAGUCGUAUUGAGAUCAUCCCCAUGCCUUAUGUUACAGAAGCAACUAGAGUUCACAUCAUCUUACCCGUCACUCUUCAAGACCGAGAGCACGUUCACCAGUUUUUGGAAGUGUAUGCCACAAACGCGUUUGAAACCAGUGAGAAUGCCAUCUUGACCUUUCUCUUUAUCUACGAUCCAAUUGAGGCCCAACAAGUCAACCAGAAUGACAUCUUCGCCAGCGUCAAAGCACAGAUCAGUGCUUACGAGCACCGGUAUCCUUCGGUCAAAGUCCCCUGGAUCAGCGUUAAAAGCGGAAGUCCCUCUCAAAUCAAAUUUAUGGACAUCAUCUCCAAGAAGCACCCGGUUGACACGUUGUUCUUCAUCGCCACUGUGAAAACCAGCAUCAACUCGGAGUUCCUCAAUCGCUGUCGGAUGAACUCCAUCAACAACUGGCAGGUGUUUUUUCCUAUCCAUUUCCAAUUCUACAAUCCCAACAUUGCUUAUCAUAACCAGCCUCUUCCCAAUACGAUGGAUUUGGUCAAAGAGUCCGGCCACUUUGAUCGCAGU